UUCGGAGGCAGGGGUUGUCUUGCUGAGUAAAUGUCACGCCGUUUUACAGAAGAGUACCCUACAUAUUGAACGAUGGCUGCUCAGAUCUCUGAAUCGGACCAAAUUAAACAGUUCAAGGAAUUCCUUGGCACUUACAACAAACUUACUGAAAACUGCUUUAUGGACUGUGUGAAAGAUUUCACAACUAGAGAAGUUAAACCAGAGGAGACCACUUGUUCUGAGAGCUGCCUACAAAAGUAUCUAAAGAUGACGCAGCGUAUUUCCAUGCGCUUCCAGGAAUAUCACAUCCAACAGAACGAGGCCCUGGCUGCAAAAGCUGGUUUACUGGGACAGCCACGAUAAGGGUGUUGUGAGACUUUGCAUGGACUCAAUUCAGACUAAGCCAUGGUUGUCUUUCUACCAUGGAGAAUGGCUGUCCAUUGUGGACUAAAACAACGCAGCUGAAGCCAUAUGGCUGUCUGAAAAGUCCACAUACUGAUGUCAGCUCCCAAGCUUGAGGCAAAGUGACUGGAGGGACAGGUUUUUUGGGGGUUUUUUUGGU